AUGCCUUCAAGCUGCAAAUCAAAGACGGCGAUCCUGAGGGGUCUCCGGCCCAUGGUGUCUACCCAACAACAACUGGCAGCCACCCAGACAGUCCUCUCGUCGGCAUGUGUAGAAGAAUGCAUCUACUGUGAUAUUUGGAAACUGGCAACACUGAUCGCCUCUCAUUCUCCCCUGUCGGCUCGCUACAAUCUCACUACCGGCACACCUACAAAUUCACCCAUCUCUUCGGCACCAUCCAGCCCUGUGGCUUCGUCACCUAUUGCCCAAUCCGCCAGCCCAUACGGAUCCAUCAUCUCAGCCUCGAAGCGAAUCGAAGCCCAGUUUCAGACCCAACGAUCCAAGCUCAAUUCCAUUCUCAGUAUCUGCAGAGUCACUGGGGUGGAUGCCACCGAAGGCCUGAGGUUGGCCCAUGACCGAUGUGCUACCGCGGUGGAGGACUUGCUCGACCAGGAAGAGGACUUGGAGGAGGAACUCCUGCGGGAUCUCCAGGAACAGCAAUACGACUACUCGUACAGCUACGAUGCACAAUACGCCUAUGCGAGUGGCCCGGUAGCAUAUGGCUAUACCUAUGAGAGAAGACCCAGUAUGGUACACGUGACGCACUAA